ACGUCGCCUCUCGUCACCAGUGUGUCUCAGACCGCAGACAUGACCAGUGUCCUCGUCCACGUCCUGCUGGGGGUCGUCAGCCUCACCCUCCUACACACAGGAGCGGAGGCCCAGAUGUGUGCAACCAUCACCAUGAUGCAAGAGAAUGUGAACGACUACAUGGGAAACUUCACUGCAGAUGGCGCGAUACGUAUGGACGGUCUCGACGUCACCUUUGAGUUCGAUAUCGCUCCAAAGAGCGUGUCUUUCUGGGAUGGUAAAAUAGCAAAGGUAGACGACACACACUACAGGAUGACUAACGACCUGUUCUUCGAGACGGGCGUCUACGUCAGCUUCCACUUCCAGGUGACUUACACCGAUACCAAACCCAAUGUCAUCGCUAUUGACAUGGCAGGCCAAGACGUGUGUGAUGGAACGUUCGGCUUUACUACCAUGGAACCCUACACCAACCCUUGUGCGCCCACAGGCAUGAAGAAAUACGACUACGCCCAGGCUUUAUGUGAGUCCUUCCUGUUCUACGAGGCUCAGAGGUCGGGACAUUUGCCAGAAGACCAGCGCGUUUCUCCCUGGAGGUGGGACUCUGCCCUGGACGACGGCUCAGAUGUGGGUCAUGACCUAAGUGGCGGCUACUUCGACGCUGGUGACCACGUCAAGUUCGGCUUCCCGAUGGCCUACACAGCCACCGUCCUGGCCUGGGGACUCAUAGACUUUGCUGAAGGAUACGAGGCAGCUGGUCAGACGGACUACGGUCGUGCGGCCGUCAAGUGGGCCACUGACUACUUCCUCAAGGCCCACACCGCUGAGUACCAACUGUACGGCCAGGUCGGUAAGGGAGACACUGACCACGCCUUCUGGGGCCGCCCUGAGGAUAUGCACAUGACCCGACCCUCCUGGAAGAUCGACAGAGAGGCUCCAGGGACUGAGUUGGCUUGUGAGACCGCCGCCGCCCUUGCUGCUGCCUCCAUCAUCUUCAAGGAGGAUGACCCCGACUACUCGGCUGAGAUGUUGGAGGUGGCCAAGGAGCUCUAUGCCUUCGGCGACGAGUACCGUCUGGAGUACCACAAGUCCAUCACUGACGCCUCCAACUUCUACAGGUCGUGGAGCGGGUACGGAGACGAGCUGCUGUGGGGCGCACUGUGGCUGUACCGCGCCACAGGAGACGACACCUACCUCACCAAGGCUCAGGAGGCCUGGGAUGAGUUUAACCUGGCAGAAGACGCGCUGCAGUUCUCCUGGGACGACAAGAAGGCUGGCGCCUAUGCGCUGGGCUCGAUGGUGGACCCAGACAACACUAUGUACGCUGAUGCCCUGAAGGCCUUCCUGGAGUACCUGAAGAACGACGCCAAGUACACUCCAGGCGGCCUUAUCUUCCUGGACCCGUGGGGCUCCAACCGUCACGCCGGCAACGUUGCCUUCAUCUCUCUCUGGGCGGCCAAGUACGGAGACCCAGCAGACGCGGACGCCAACAGGGAGUGGGCUGAGGGCCAGAUCGGUUACCUUCUGGGUGACUUCGGUCACUCCUUCGUCGUGGGCUUUGGUGUAGACCCUCCCUCACACCCCCACCACCGCUCCAGCUCGUGCCCGAUACCUCCACAGUCUUGCCUGCACCAUGACUGGGGCUGGACCCAACCAGGACCAAACCCUCAUACCCUCUUCGGCGCCCUCGUUGGUGGUCCUGACAACUCUGAUACCUAUGAGGACAAACGCACAGACUACCAGCACAACGAGGUGGCCUGUGACUACAACGCCGCCUACACUGGGUGUCUGGCCGCCAUUAUCGAGAAGAAAUAACCAGCCGACUCCGGUGCUUUAAUUCACUCAUCUUUGUCUGUGUAAUUCUUGUCUUUGCAUAAAUAUAAGAAAAUAUGAAUUA